GCUGAUGGCUGCUCGGGGUGAUAACCGCCGCUGCUGGCUGAUUACUGACAGGCUGAGGUAGAGCACCACCUUAGUGUCUGUUCCCGCCCACCGGGUCCAGAUCUGCGCCCCACACACAGACACACACCACCUUUAGUCCAGCCUAGUCACAAGGCGGUUGACCUCCAGGACAGCCAGCAGCAGCAGCAGCAGCAGCAGCGGGAUCCUCGGUGUUCCUCAGACAGGAUGGGCCUCCUGCUACUGCUCACCACCAUACUCCUGUCCAGCUACUUCCAUGCCGGGACAGUGGUGGACGCACAGCGAUUAUUCACGAUAAGAAACAUCAUCCUUUCCAUUGAGCCCAGCACGGACGUGACCCGGGACGCCAACGUGACGGUGAGAUGCAAGGCCACCGUCAGCAGCUCGGGGCAGGAGGCGCUCAGCCGUGAGUAUACCAUAUACAAGAACAGCAACAAAGUCUACACCAAGAACUCCAGCACCUCGGAGGAUCUUGUGUACCCGCUGUCCGGGGCCAGGGUCUCCAACAGCGGCAAAUACAAGUGCAAGAUCAACAUCGAGGGCAAGGAGAUGACGAGCGCCGCUCAAAAACUCACAGUAACAGGCCUGUCCAAACCAGGUCUCCACCUCAACAAGGAAGUGGUCAGCGAAGAGGAGGAGGUGACGGCCCGGUGCACGGCGCACGGCGAGACGGGCUCCAUUUUCUUCUACUUCUAUGAGGACGGCAAAGUGAUCCUGGAGAGUCUGGUCAACUCCAACCAGUUAGAGGCCAAGUUUCGCUUCAGCAGCGUGGGCAUCCACAAAAUCCACUGUGUCUACGCCGUCCUCAUAGUGCCGGACUCCUUCAAGUCCGAAGAGAGCAACACCAUCACUGUUUCUGUCAAAGAGCUCUCCAUCACACCCAUUUUGGAGAUUUCCCCUCUGUCCAAGAUCUACGAAGGAGACCACCUGAGCAUCUCGUGCACCGUCAGGAACCUUCUCUUCAGCUCUGAGGGUCGACCCAUCCACCUGUACCUGAGCCACGGGACCAAGCUUCUCAGCAGUGGAGGCACCAGAGUCAACCACAGCAUGGUCGCGCUGGCGAAGGACCCCGGGGACUUCGAGUGCAAAUUAGAGAUGGGAAAUGUGGCAAAGGUCACCACAAAGAUGGUUUCAGUGACCGAGCUGUUUUCGGCGCCCACUCUCAGCAUGUCUCCCGCCGAGGUCUUUCAAAGGGACUACAUGACACUGACCUGCCAAAGUGAGAGCUAUGCCUCGGAGAGAAUCAAGAGGGAAGAGCUGACGUACACUCUUGAACCGCCCGACAGCCCGCUGACCCCCAAGAAGCCGGGAGUGUUUUCUGGAAGUGCCCUGCAGUUUGAUUUCAACUACACCUGUGUAGCUCGAGCCCGGGGCAUCACGAAACCAAGUGAAACCCUGACAGUACGUCCUAAAGUUUCUGUCUCCAUUCCCAAAAUCUCCGUGGUUGGCAAGGUGGUGCUGGGGCAGCCUUUCAACAUCCGCUGUCACUCGGACACUGGCAGCUUUCCGAUCAACUACACCCUGAUACGGAAUUACGACAAUGUGGCCACAACCAGCGUCAAGCUGCCCUCUCAGGAGGCGCUCUUCUCCGUCACCAUCUCCAGGCCUGAGGAGUUAAGCAAGUACAUGUGCGAGGCUAAGAAUAAUCGAAAGGAGGUCCCACCUAGUAAAAGACUCAACGCUACUGCUAUAGAGCCGGUGACGGACCCGACGCUGACCGUCCUCCCCCACUUACCAGAAAUCUCCGAGGGAGACUCCCUCUACCUGAUAUGCGGCACCAAAGGCACACCGCCGGUCACCUUCAAGUGGUACCGUGAUGGCGACAGACAGCCGCUGUUCACCACCACCACUGACAGGAACAACACGCACUACCGCGUCCCCAAGCUGUCCAAAGAGCACAGCGGCACGUACUACUGCGAGGCUGACAACUACGCCAAAAAGGCGGUCCGCAGUGAGAAGGUCACCAUAGAGGUACGCAUGGCGAUGUGGAAGAAAGCAGUGAUCGGGGGAGUCAGUCUACUGGCGGUGUCGGUGCUGGUGGUGGCCUGUGUGCUGUACUUCAAAUCCAAGAGAGGUAAAAGAGAAGCAGCUGCUGAAUUGUCAGUACGCAGCGCCAGUCUAUGAUGGCAUGGAGGGGAGAGUGACCAAUGGGACGCCAGAUAGCACGGCAUCACUUCCUACUCACAACAGCAACAGGAGCAGCUACAGUAUCCCAGCCACAGUGUAGAGAUGCCCUGCAAGUCGCCCCCCCACCCCCACCCCGCAGGAGGGACUUGAAUUCAGUUAGUUUUAAAUCAAAUGAAAGAAAGUUCUAAGACUUUUAAAGUAAGAAUGGAAAGAAACAAAAGAGACAGUUAUCCUGCUAAUGAUGCCAAGUUUUAUUGGAUUUGGGUAUUUUUUAAGUAAAAGGAGGGGUGUUUUUAUGAUGAUAUAUAAACCAGGACCCGCUGCUCCCUCUCCCCUCCUCCUGCAAUCUAGAUGGCCUUUGAUUUUAUACUUAACAUUUGUCCUUUGUUCCUUCAUCUCCUAUGUCUGUGUAAUUGCAUGUCCUUUUUAAAAAAAAAAUAGAAACUGCUCUUUUGUCUGAUGUGCAUGUAUAAAUUGGCUUGGUGACAGAUUAACUUGUAUAUACAUUCACCAUGACAGGAAAUGUGUGUAUAUAUUUUGGUUGAUCCCCUCGACUGACUGGAAGAGACAUAUGUAGAAUAAAGACAUUGGUUUUAUUUA